AUGAGCUCGCAGUCAGUUGUCUACGAAAGUGACACUAAAAGCGAACAGCGAAUGUCUCAGCCCACACGAACUAAAAUCCAAGCGGAUUUCCAGAUCGCUCGCCCUGCGCCAAAAUCUUCACUUGGUCUUGCUCCGAAGCUGCUUCUUCAAAUCCAACAACUCGCGCCAAAUGAGCGACCAGUACCAGUACUGGAAAUAUGGCAACCACUAUUUCGCAAAUCAAAAUUGACUCGCAACUUUCAUCAGAAAGUCAAGAUGAGGUCGGGUGAUGUUUAUGCGACUCUCGACGAGUCGUAUAUUACUACUUCGAUCGGGCGACAGAAAGACUUUUCCAACGCGAAGCAGGAUAGUGAAGGUUCCACUCUACAGAAGGAUAUUGUGGCAGCAAUGUGUCAUAACGACAACACAAAUUCAACAAUUUAUUUCCGCGAUGCGCGGUGCAGAUGGCAGACCAGCGUAAGCACAGGACCCGAUCAAUCGACACCUAAUUACCGAUUUACCAUGAGCAACGAAAACAAAGAUAUUUCCGACCCAGGCAGAAUGAUUUUGCAAUGGGAAAGCCGGAGCAAAGAAAAUGCACCGGCUGGUUCGUUGGAUGCAGAGCAAUUUGUCCUCCUCUUGAUAGACCGAAAGGCGCGGCGGAAGUGUCGCAUCGCUACUAUGACACCGGGUGGGUUUAAAAUCGUUGUCCGCAAGUCCUCUACCCUCGAGCAUUUACAGGUGUGCUUUGGCUUAACAGAGCCUAUCACGUCUACGAUGGUUCAGGAUCCUUAUAAAGCGUUGGAAAUAUGGUUAUAUACGCAAACCCUUACGUUAGGGGCAUGGGUCGCGUAUCAGGAAGGAUGGCUCAAUUACAAUUGA